AUGAAAUCACAAACGAGCGAUUACAGUGGGACGUUGUGCGGUGUAGGGGUAGGUCGCGGCACUUAUCGGCGGAGCAGCAGAGACGGAUAUCGGAGAGGCACGGGCAUCGGAUGCGACACAAUCAUACGAACGCAAACUCAACCGGGCGAUGUUAAGAACGCGGUACGUGGAAGGAGAGAGUGUUGGGUUCGCUUCCCGUGGGCCGCGGCCCGGGAGCCCAUUGGUCGGCCCGUGAAUAAAAGUGGAUCGGAUGCGCCGAUCGGCGGCUGCGCGCCCCCCUCCCCCCUCCCCGCGCCCCCUCCGUUCGCUACACGGGGGGGGCGGGCCGGGGGGGGGCGGGGGGGGGCGGGGGGGGGGGAGCGGGGGGGGGGGGGGGGGGGAGGCGGCGGGGGGGGGGUAGGGUCUCCGUCCCCCCGCCCCAGCGCGGAGUGCGCGGGGCUGCGCGUGCGCAGAGCGUCGCGCAGCGCCAGUGUCCGCUCGACCGCCGCG